GGAAAGGCCGUGCACCCCGGGUGCAAAUGCUCCCAAAGCCGCACCCCCCCUUACCAAUCAUUAAUCACCACUGGGCCAGCAACUGAAGCAAGCGGCAAGCAAGCAGGAAAAGGCCAAGUCUCUGCAGCCCCCGCGGGAGCAGCGGGAAGCAGUGCUGACCGGUUCCCUGUGGUGGCAGCUCGCUCUCCGACCACCGUCCCCUGGGAGGCCCCGGCAGAGGUGGCCAGUCCUGCAUGCACUGCCCUUUCCUUCAGAAAGGGCACUGGGUCCUGGGCACGGGAGGCUCUGCCUGCGGCUGGGAGCUGCUGGGCUACGUGUGGGGUGGGAGCUCUGAAGAGGAGCUUCUACCUGGUCGGCACUGCAGUCUUCAUAUCUUCACCAUGCAGCACAAGGCGCUUUGGAGUGCCCUGGAGUACACUUGCCGAUUGCUGGGCAUCUCCACCGCAGCAGUGCUGAUUGGUGUGGGCGUAGAAACUCUACAGCGAGGACAGUUCAAAAGCCUGGCUUUCUAUCUGCUUUUUUCAGGGGUUGCAGUUACUGUCUGUGAAGGCUUCUUCUUUAUCAGUUUGUUCCUGGAGAUGUGCUUCACAUAUGAGCCGGACUCGCUGGCACAGGCCUGCUGGAAGCGAGCCAGACGCCCAGGGAGCUUCCAGAAAUUCCUGGGGUACACACUGCUGUCAGUGGCUUGCUUCCUGCAUCCCGUCCUCGUCUGGCAUGUCACCAUCCCUGGGUCCAUGCUGGUGCUCACCGCCCUGGCCUACUUCUUGCUGAGCAAGAGGAGGAAGAGCCCAGCGCACAAAGAGACGCAUCUGCAGGCGGGCCAGUAUGUGGACCCUUCAGCCACCAUCGCAGCCCCGACCAUCGCUGGUGACACUGAGCAGACCUACACCUUCCAUGGGGCCCAGAGGGAGCAGCACCGCUCACUGCUGGGCCACAUGAAGAGUAUCCUGAAGGGCAGCAAGGACAGGAGCCCAGCCCCAGCAGCUCCUGCCCAACCAGCGGCCCCGGCAGCCCCACGCAAGCAAGUGCACUUCCAGGAGAAGGUGGUGCAGAUCAUCCCCUCUGUCAGCGAGAGCUUGGAGGACAUGGAGAGUGAGGCCGAAGAGACCACAUCGGACACAACACCCAUCCUCACCCCACCCGAUGUGCCCAUCAUCAUUGCCCCCCUCAGCUCCACAGGCCUCUUUUGAGCCCUCAGCCAGGAACAAGGACAGGGCGGAUGCGCUAUCCCUGCUGCUGGCGUCCCUCCCUGCCGCUCCAGCAGACAGGGAGCCCUGAGGGGUGGCCCUCCUUGCCCUCCCUGCCUCCAGGGUGACAACUGCGUCACCCCCUUUUCAAGGGGCUGCCCACACUGCCUGGUCCUACACCUUGUGCCAGGGCCAGUGGUGGUCCCCAGCCCCUGCAGCACCGUGCCCCAGGGCCAGGCAGUGGUUCAGCCAGGGUAGUGCCAGGACAGUAAGGUUUCUGCUCCCAUGACCUCAUGUGUGGGUCACCCCUCUGUUAUGGCAGUGCAUAUCACAGCAGCUGCUCCUGCCUAUGGCUUACAGCCAUAGCGUGUGCCCCCCUGGAGCAGCCUCUGCUGCAGCCAGAUGUUUCCCUCCUGCCCUCGCUGUGCGUGGAAGUGCUUAUGGCUGGGACACCUCCAGCACAGGGCACCACAGCCUGAGGUUCCCUCACAGCACCUGCACUGGCUGCAGCAGGUCCAGGGCAUCCAAAAUGUCGUUUCAGAGGUGGGCUGAGACCAAGCACACCCCUGGGGCUAGCACCUGCUAUGUGCCCUCCCUCCCCUGAGACACGUGCUGAACCCGGCAGGGAAAUCACCUGUGGCCUUGGGGACAUCUACACAGGAGCAGGGAGAACCCUUGGGCUUCCUGGUGUCCCCUGCCCAGAUGGACCUCUUGAGUUAGAAGAGGUUUGGGAUGAUGUAGGAGCUCAGGUGACAAGGUUCAGCACCGCAGACCAUGUGUAACUCUCUAUGUGUGUUAAUUAUGGGCCCCAGAGAGCAAAGGCAAUAAUAAAGUUACAGCACUCUCCCACCAGC